AUGACAAAAAUUUCCAUGAUAGGAAGCGGACAAAUUGGAACCAUCGUGGGCCAAUUGAUCUUGAUGGAAAAUAUUGGAGACAUUGUUCUUUACGACGUAAUGCAAGGUGUGCCACAGGGGAAGAGUCUCGAUUUGAAGCACUUUAGCACCAUCGUAGGAGUAAACAAAAAAAUAGUGGGUACCAAUAACGUAGAGGAUAUCAAGGACUCCGAUGUAAUUGUCAUCACAGCAGGUGUGCAAAGGAAAGAAGGCAUGACCAGAGAAGAUUUAAUUGGAAUAAAUGGAAAAAUUAUGAAGAGCGUCGCUGAGUCAGUAAAGUUAUACAGUCCAAAUGCCUUCGUUAUAUGUGUUAGUAAUCCCCUUGAUAUUAUGGUAAAUGUUUUUCAUAAAUAUAGUGGACUUCCUUAUGAGAAAAUUUGCGGAAUGGCUGGGAUUUUGGAUACUUCUCGUUUUAGAUCUCUCUUAGGAGAAAAGCUAAAUGUCGCUCCGGAGAAUGUGAAUCUGGUUCUGUUGGGAGGACAUGGAGAUCUCAUGGUCCCUUUGAAGAGAUACUGCUCCGUUUCAGGUAUCCCCUUAUCAGACUUUAUAGAAAAAAAACUCAUAACGAAUGAAGAAAUUAAUGAUAUUAUUAAAAAGACCAGAGAUAUGGGUGCAGAAAUUAUUAAGCUCUCUAAAUCGUCUGCCACCUUUUCCCCCGCUGCUGCUAUCGUGAAGAUGAUUAAAUCCUAUUUGUACAAUGAGAGCCAGUUGUACACUUGUGCUGUUUACCUGAAUGGUCUUUACAACUGCUCUAACUUGUAUGUUGGAUCUACAGCCAUUAUCAAUAGCAGUGGUGCCAAGGCAAUCGAGUUUGCGCUUACUAAGGAGGAGCAGGAGCUCUACGACAAGUCUAUUUCCUUUGUUCACGAACACACACAGAAGGCCUUUGCGCUCAUCAACUGA